UUCGGCGCAUGUGGCCAAUAAAAUUUGAUUUGAUUUGAUUUGAACUGACCACACUCUGACCUAUGGUUUACAUCAGCAGGAUCUAGACACAUAAGGGAGAUGACUUUAUAUUUGACUGUGACAGAAAAUUAGUGUUUAAAUCUAUUUUUCUCUUUUUUUUCUACAAUCAUUCAGGAGGGAUUUUAAAUACGCUGAAGCUCUAAACUGGAUCACCACAUUGGGAUGCUCCAUGUCCAUCAUAGGGUUGAGUUUAACAAUAACAUUCCAGAUCGCAACCAGGAAAUCACGCAAAACCAACCCAACGGUCCUCUUAGUGAGCGUCUGCAUGUGUCUCCUGAUCUUCACCCUCCUCUUCAUGUUGGGAGUGGACAACCCUCAUAAACAGCUGGAGAAACCUGAAAUACAGGAGGACAACAUUCUCCCCCCGUCCGACACACACACAGAGCGGGACAGAGGCCCCUGUACUGCAGUCACAGUCCUGCUGCAGUACUUCCUGUUGGGGGCGUUCACCUGGAACACGCUGUACGCCACACAUGUCUUCCUGAUGAUCAGAAACAGCCUGGCCACCAGCCCGUCACACUCCACAGCCUAUACCGUGGCCAUCGGAUGGGGACUGCCUGCGGUUGUGGUGGCCCUCACCUUAGGAAUUAGUUACAGAGUGGAUGAUCCAUUGGGUUACAGGCAGGAGGAAUUUUGCUGGCUUGCUGCCCUCGAUCCAAAGGGGAACUUUGACUUCAAGCUGCCAAUGUUUUGGGGGUUCCUGAUCCCUGUGGCGUUCAUGCUUAUCUUCAACAUGGUGGUGUUGGUAUAUUUUGCAGUUACAACAGGCAAGACCAACCCACAUUUAACCAGUACAAGACACACAUCGAUGAAGAAGAAGUUCCUCAGUAGCUUUUCUCUGGCUGUGGUGCUCGGUCUCUCCUGGAUCCUGGGCUAUCUGUUGCUCAUUACACAGAACCAGACCAUGUACACCAUACUCAACAUCUCCUUCUGUGUACUCACCACCACUCAGGGCUUGCAGAUUUUCAUUCUGUUCACAGCAAGAACAGCAAUUGUCAAGAAAAUGAUGGCAGAUGCUUUGAAAUCUGUCUCUAGCGUUGGGAUCCCGCUGCACACCAAGAGGUUCAGUCUAUGGCGAGUCAAGCGCAGAGAAAAAGUAGAAUCAUACACACAGCUGGACACUAUUCCAUCAACCAAUUAACCCUUUAACUGGCACAGAUUAAUUUUUUUUAAUGCACAAUUAGUCCUGAAAAUGUGUGAUUGAGGUUCAGUUUUGCUCACGUUCACAUCCUGGUUUUUAACCAUCUUUGAAUGUGUGUUUAAAAAGAUAUAGGAGUCCAAUAAUGAAAACCGCAUUGUCAUUUUACUAAAAA